AGAGUAUUUUCAAGUAACAAAAAGACGUCGACGUUUUCUACCAAUGACGGCGCACGCCGACAUCCUCACUUAGUUCUGCAGUGUUUGUUCUGGAAUUUAUCACUCUGGGAAUCCAACACAGUCUGUGACACUUCACGCAAUCCCUCCAAGGACUGUUGACUUCUCUGCUGUUUAUUUACAAAAACUGCACCCAAGUCACUUCGGAGCUUCCUGGAAGAAAGGUGACCUUUGUUCGCCCGAGUAAGGAAAGGAAAGAGGCAGCACCUGUCGAUGUCACUUCCUUCCUCGGAGGGUCUUUGCGAUCGUGAUUUGUCCUGUCCCGAGCAUGAUAUCCGCGUAGCCGAACAGGAAGAGCGCCCCGCCAGAGUUGUGUGGUUUUCAUUGACCAACCCCCCUGAGGGGAUUCCUCCCGUGAAGCGUAAAACCAUCGCCGCGUUGGAAAGUCAGAUGAGAGGCUGGGUGAGAGUGAAAAGGGAGGAAAUGAGAUCCCAGGCCAGUGGGUGUAUUUCUUCCCCUUUGCCUUCGCUGGAGGUUUUCCUUUGAUUGUUGAGAUUUUCGAGGAAUCCCACUAUGCUCCCCCACUCGGCUGUAGUUUCGGGGAAGGGCGAAGGAUGUCCGAGGGCUUGGAGCUUCAGUUUGAGCGGCUAACGCGGGAGCUGGAGGUUGAGAGGCAGAUUGUGGCCAAUCAGCUUGAAAGAUGCAGACUUGGGGCAGAAUCGCCGGGUGCUGGAAGCAGCAGCUCAUCUGAGAAGUCCCUCCCUUGGAGAACUGCCGACGCCCCCACCCCAGGGGACCCCCAGUCACGGCUCGCCGGCAGCUCCCGGUCGCCAAGCUACCGCAUCAGGAUUGAGUCGGAGCGGUUGUCUACGCGCUCCCCGGAGCACUCCUGCCGCCGUGAAAGGUCCACGGGGAACUCACGUAGUUCAAAUCAGAUGAAUUCGUACUCGGACAGCGGCUACCAGGAUGCGACCGGCGGUUACCACGUCGGCCAGACGGUGGUCAAAUCCGAGCUGAGGAUGCAGCACUCCUUCCCCGGCGCGGGUACAAGCAUAAGCACAAGCACCCCCGUCAAGAUCGCCAUGGCGGAGGGGCAAGCCUCAGUAGAGGUGCCAUCAGUCAGCGGAGUAGUGCCCGGCCGUGAAAUACGGAGAGUCAGCUCAGUGCCUUCUCGCUCUCACUCCCCGUCCCACGUCAGCAGCACGUCGCCCUCGCACGGCUCCCUGCACGCCUCGGCCGGCAGCGGCUACUGCUCGCCCAUCGUCACGGAACCCAAACCCCUCUCCUGCAUCUUCUCCACCACCUUGCCCUCCCCCGCCCAGCGCACCGGCGGCUCGCCCCUCACCACUCAGAAAAAUUCCCCCGCCGCCCUGCGACGGGUGGGUUCCGCCAACUCCAGACCGGGAAGCACCAGCCGCACCACGUCGCCCUACCAGGCAUCGUUGGGUUCGUCGUCGGGCCGCAUGGGCUCGCCGCUGACUCUGACGGACAACUGUCAGAUGAGCAAGCAGCCCAAUCACGCGUCUCCGGCGCGAGCGAGCAUGGUGGCCGUUCCCCAGCACUACAGCUCCACUCUGCCCCGCUCCGUCAUCCACAAUGCCGACGCCUACGGGCCGCAGGGGUACGACGUUUACGACAAGAGGAUGCGGCCCGACAGCCUCGCAGACGCUCUGGUGGAUGAUGACAUUCAAGGCAUGCGGAGCACAUAUGCCAGUCAACACAGUCAGUUGGCCCAGGACUUGAGGUCCACCAUAUCCCCGGAGCGUCGCAUUGCGCCCAUCUUUGAGGACCGCAUGUUCCAAGCCCCAUUGUAUCUCAGCCCGGGCCACACGCAACAGGGCACCAUCUGCAGGAGCGCCUCAGGUGUGGGGAGUCUCCAGCGGACGCCCAGUGCCAUGACCUACCAAAGAAACAACUUGGCUCUUAACACAGCCGCCACCUAUGCGGAUCCCUAUCGCUCGGCGCAGUACCGGCCGUGCGAUUCCAAUUACAGUCGGCAGGCUGCUAUUAUCGACGAUCCCACCCGCUCGCCAUCAAUAGACAGCAUCCAGAAGGACCCCAGGGAGUUUGCAUGGCGGGACCCGGAACUGACCGAGGUGAUUCACAUGCUGCAGCACCACUUCCCCUCCGUGCAGGCCAACGCAGCCGCGUACCUUCAGCACCUCUGCUUUGGCGAUAACCGAAUUAAAACCGAGGUGUGUCGGCUCGGCGGCGUCAAGCAUCUGGUCAACCUGCUGGACCACAAAGUCCUCGAGGUCCAGCGGAACUCCUGCGGGGCUCUGAGGAACCUCGUGUAUGGCAAAGUGAUGGACGAAAACAAGAUCGCGCUGAGGAACGCCGGAGGCAUCCCGGCUCUGCUCCGACUGCUGAGGAAGAGCGUCGACGCCGAGGUGCGGGAGCUCGUCACAGGGGUGCUGUGGAACCUGUCGUCGUGCGACGCCGUCAAGAUGACAAUCAUUCGCGACGCCUUGACCACCCUGACCAACACUGUGAUCAUCCCCCACUCGGGAUGGAGCAGCUCCACCUUCGAAGAGGACCAUAAGCUCAAAUUUCACUCGUCGCUGGUGCUGAGGAACACCACAGGUUGCUUGAGGAACUUGAGCUCAGCUGGCGAGGAGGCCCGAAAGCAGAUGCGAACCUGUGAGGGUUUGGUUGACUCAUUGCUCUACGUCAUCAAAGCUUGUGUCAACACUUCAGACUUUGACAGCAAGAUAGUGGAGAACUGCAUUUGCACACUAAGGAACUUGUCCUACCGUCUGGAGCUGGAGUUGCCCCCGUCGCGCCUGAUAGGGGCGCAGGAGGCGGACGCCAUUUUGGGAAGCGAGUCGCCGUGCAAGGACAUCAGCUCCAGCUGCUGGGGGAGGAAGAAGAAGAAGAAGAAAAAGAACUCCCAGGAAGACACUUGGGAUGGAGUGGGACCCAUCCCAGGCUUCUCGAAAUCACCCACGGGCGCUGAGAUGCUUUGGCACCCUGCGGUGGUGAAGCCUUACUUGACACUACUCGCCGAGAGCUCCAAUCCUUCCACACUAGAGGGCGCCGCCGGGUCACUUCAGAACCUGUCGGCAGGCAACUGGAAGUUUGCAGGGUACAUCCGCGCCGCAGUGCGUAAGGAAAAGGGCCUGCCCAUCCUCGUGGAGCUGCUGCGAAUGGACAACGACCGGGUGGUGUGUUCGGUGGCCACCGCGCUGAGAAACAUGGCAUUGGAUGUGCGGAACAAAGAGCUCAUAGGGAAAUACGCCAUGAGGGACCUGGUCAACCGCCUCCCCGGGGGAAACACCACCUUGCUGUCGGACGAGACGGUGGCGGCCAUCUGUUGCACCCUGCACGAGGUCACCAGCAGGAACAUGGAGAACGCCAAGGCCCUGGCGGACACGGGCGGCAUCGAGAAGCUGGUCAACAUCACCAAAGGCAGAGGGGACAGAUUUUCUCUGAAAGUGGUGAAGGCGUCCGCUCAGGUUCUUAACACGCUGUGGCAGUACAGAGAUCUACGCGCCAUCUACAAGAAAGACGGAUGGACCCAAAACCAUUUCCUCACACCGGUAUCCACCCUUGAGCGGGACAGGUUCAAGUCGCAACCCACCCUGCCCACCAACAGUAUCCAGAUGUCCCCCCUCAACCAUCCUGCCGCCAGCGCCAUGUCGUCUCCGGCCAUUCGUGAUCACACCCUGAGAGAUUAUCAGAGAGCGCAGUCAACUAUGCAGUUUUAUAACUACCAAGUGGACAACAGUAUUCACAAAAAACACUAUCCAGGGUCGGGAAUGACUUCUUCGUACUACUACCACCCGUCGCCUACGCGAGAGGAGCCCAGAAGAACACAGCCUUUGUACUACGCCGACGAGCCCAGCAGGAGGACCUACGACCCAUACAGGAUGUAUGUGCAGCAUCCGCUCGGCUACGACGACACCUACAUGGAUGAGAUUAUGGCGUACGCGCCGACCGUCGACUACGGCGGCCAGCAUCACACGCUCAAGGCCGCCAACAACUACGUGGACAUUUACGCCAGUACGCGGAGGCCCUCCUACCGGGCCGAGCAGUACCCCGGUUCUCCCGAUUCGUGGGUCUGAAACGCAACCACGAACUAUGAACCUGGCUUUUAAAAUUUAAAAAAAAAAAAAAGAAAGAAAAAAAAAGACGUGUGAAUGUGUGCGUGUGUAUACAGUGGAUAGCGAUAAGUUUACACACCCCUGUUCAAAUACUUGUGAUAUAAACAAAAAUUAUUUCAAAAUGUUUUCCACCAGUAAUGUCUCAACUCAGUUGAAAAAUAAAUAUUAUAGAAGGGGGAAGUAGAAAAUAAUGAACUAAUAGUGAAAAAAAUAUGGUUGCAAAAGUCUUAACACCCUCUUAUCAAUGGAAAUGGCCGUGGAUCAUGACUUGUGAUAUUAUUCAAAAAUGUAAACAAGCUACAUAGAAUCAUUUAACGGAGUUGUUCAGGUCAUGUUGGAAAAAGCUUUGAAACAACAUAGCGGGGGCGGGGGGGUUGUUUGUUUGUUUGUUUUUUUUUACACAUCACCAAAACCUGGCAUUGGACCAGGGAUGUGUAGACUUUUUAUACCCAUUGAAUGUAGGGGAGCGACAGCAGAGGGAAUUAUGGAAUGUGUGCCAAUAGAAGGGAAUUAGUUAAAGUAGUUGAGGGGGGGACACACACAGCAAUUUCUAAUGUUUCGAUUUGUGGGGAUGUUCCAUACCAUUUUUUUUUUCAGCACGAGCUUUCGGUUUGAGUACUCAAAGAUACCCAUUCCAUGUACUGAUACCUCUCGUAUUUAUGACACAUAAAAGUUCACUAAACACAAUGACAGAUAAUCUGGAACAAUGACCUUUCCUGAUGAUUCACCAAAUGCCACAUUGCAUCGGCUAUUUUUGGCAAGAAGACUUACUUUUAAAAAAAUUUUUGCUUAAAGUAUUACUGGCUGGUCACGGCAUCCUUCUUGAGUGCCCGAUACCAAUACCUGGAAGCAUUACUCGCUCAUCCCCAGUCAUAAAUGGCUUUUAAAAAUGUGAAGUAGUGCAGAAUUGCGCAAAUUUGGCCGUUUAUCCGAUGUGUGUACCCCGUUUUAGAGACAAAAAAAAAAAAUCAUGUGGGGAGACAAAAUUGGACAUGAAUGACAGUCCUGCUUUGUUUUAUGUUAGAUUUUUUUUUUAACAGCUUGUCUGAGCGCAGCGAGGGCGUGAGUCAUGUGAUGCGAGGAUCUGCGGGAAGAGUCAAGAUGGAGGUUGUGUGUGUAUGUGCCGAAGCCAGCAUGGAGUGGGGAAAAGAUUGUACUAAAGGAUGAAACUGUUAGCUCUACUUACUGUUGUAACAAUGUUGUGUUUUCUUGUAAAUACAGUACAUGUGGCCUGGUUUACACUCAUCUGCACUGCUCUACAAAUCCUGAAAUUGUGCCAUAUUAAAUCUCUAGAUAUAUAUAUAUAUAUAUAUAUAUACUGUAUAUAUAUAUAUAAAAAUAUGAAGAAAGUAUGUGGAGGCAACAGUGGCAUAUGUAUACAUAGUAUAAACAUGAUAUGAUAAUAAAAAAGGACAGUUUUGUUUUGUA